AUGGUGAGCUCGGGGAAUCAGGAAUUACAAUGAUAAAAUGGUCAUUCAGGUUAUGAAUAAAUUGAAGAAACGUGCGUAUUUUUCCCAUUCCACAUACGUCUUGAUUUGGAUAAGUCUUUGCAUUGUCUGUGUUCACGAGUUGAUCUACGGGUACAUCCAGGUGAUUCCCUCGAGGUUACCAGUCCUUUCAUAUCUCUAGAAUUUCUAGAAUUGGUCCCUCUACCGCUCCUUCGUAUACUCGUCGGAUCCGUGCAAUAUAAUGUUCAACGAGUACGAAUGUUUUCCGUGGUACACCGCCAACAUCUUCGUUCGGCUCCUUCUCCUCUUUACGGAUUGUGCUCUGACCGUCGACCGGUAUUCCACCAAAGCCUUCCAGAUACUUAUUGUGAUCUGUUUCAGACUGUUGACUCUAAUCGUUCCACGGAUCUCCUCUUCUUAUUCACGCGGAAUCAUUCUGUUUUUAUUUUCCGUACGUGUCGUUCUCUUAGGAACUGAAUUUGCACUCUCUCACAUUUUCAGAUGAUCGCCUCCAUUGCAUUCUGCAUUUAUCUGACCAGUGAUGGGCCGAACAAAAAUUUGCAGAGUAACUGCUUCCAGAGAAUGAACAGGAAUCUGGAUGAGCUCACGAAUCAGGUUCUGUUCUACUUGAAAGUAUGCGUCGCCUGCCUCAUCCUCAACGUCAUCACUGGCUUCGUUAGCUGGAGAUCCCUGCGAAAGUAUCCCUUUUCUCUCUUUUAAUACACACGAGAAUACUCAUUGCCUUUAGGAAGAAGUUCAUUCUGAGUGAGCAGUAUUCCAAACGAGAAGCCGUGAACGGCGCUUUCGUCAUCUUCCUGAUUCUGUGCUUCCAAACAGUUGCACUCAUGUUCUACUCCGCUUCAAUUGUUUACAUUCUCAAAAUCUACGAAUGGAUUAACCAGAUCGUGACGAUCAACUUGGUUCUCUGGUUUUAUGUGAGUCUGCCAACCAACAAUCCAAUAAUAUCCCUUUGCUUGCAGACUUACCCGUGGGCGUGUCUGUCCCUUCCAGCCGGAAUCAUGUUUACUACACAAUACAUCUCAAGCAGUCGACGGCGAAAGAUCGGCGUCAUGACGACGAUGAACAAGAACGAGGAUCAGGGCGCAUACUUAUCAAGUUGAAUCAGUCGUGGGGAGAUGAGUACGUCUACAAAUUCAGUCAGGCGCAAGUGACUCCGGUUGUGUGAUUUCUAUUAUUUAUUUAUUAAAGCCGGACUCAAUUUUGAAAUAAACAAUUGUUGAAUGCUUUGAAAUAUGUUGAAGAUCAAAAUUUCCUCUUGUGAAAAUUCUAAUUUUUGCUAUUGAAUGAGAAGCAAGCGCCGAGAAUGUGACAAUCCUUUCCAUCGAGCACGCAAAUGUCGCAUACGUCGACUGGCGGACGGAGAGAAUCUGAAAAAAUGGAGGGCGGAGAAGUAUUUGCCAUUCUGUCCAACUAACCGUCUUUCCUUCGAGCACGCGUCUCGGUAUCCGCGGCGCCUUUGCGCAAAACGGCAAAAUGUUCGUCGAUACGCUGAAAAUUUGCGCUUUGUAUUGCGAAGACAGCAGAUAAUGAUUUGUUUUUAAGAAUUCAAACAGGAACGGAGAUUAUAAUCAAUAAAAGAAGAGAGAACGACUUGAAAACGAGUGAAAAACGCAAAAAAAUUGAUAACUAUUGUGUUGUUGGCAAAAAUGGCAGAAAAGAACUCGGAUGGCCUAGGUCCCCCAUGCAAAGAGUAAAAUUUUCACAAGAGGGAAUUUUGAUCGUUUCAAAGCAUUCAACGAUAUUUUGUUUCAAAAUUGAGUCUUUAAAUGUCAGAAAAAACUUGUUUCUCAUUAAGAAUAGAUAUGAAAAGGUUGAUAAUGAAUAUAAUGAUGAUAAUGAAAUAAAGCGGUACGCAUUGCUCUCAUUUUGAACUCUCCAACUGAAACUAGGAAUUCAACGCCCUCGAAUUUGUUCCGUAAUAUUCACUGGGGGAAACCUUGUUUUUUCCCAAAGCUGAAUAGCGAGAAUGGAAUGGUCCUGAGAGAUUGGCACUGCUUCAUUACUGAGCUUAACACUCAUUUGCUCCAUUCUUUGUAGUACCCUCCCUAUUCAAAGUGUCUAUAAAGCACUCCUUUUAAACAUUUAAUUCCGUAACAACUUUCACAGUGUUCUCAACUUCUCAACCUUUUUCCAUUCCGUAUAGAAACCAGGCUCGUCCGGACUGCGUAUCGAUUCUUCAGUUCCUACCACGAUGAGUUCGAACUUCACGCCAAUUAUAACUCGUGGAAACCUCUGCGCUUCCGAUUUCGAACUAUCAGAGAGACUCUCCUCGGGCUUCCGCACAAAUGUGUACUGUAAUAAUACAAUCAUGGUACUGACUGUAUUCUUGAACCAGAUGGUAAUCUAUGCGGGACCCGGAGCGCAAGUAUAUGUAUACUUAUUCUAGGCGGUACAAAAAAUGAUCAAGAAGAAAGUGUUCGGCAAAACAACGCGGAAUCUGCUGUUCUUCUGCAUGUUCUACUAUAUCAUUCAUGAUGUUUACUUCGCUUUCACCAUGGUGUGCCGCACUUCCGGCUCGACCCGUGACGUCAUCUUAAUUACAGAAUUGGUCAUUCUAUCGGUCGAUCACUGAGAGCAAUGAUUCGUGCAACAUCAUGUUCAACGGCUCCGAGUGCUUCUUUCUCUACCUUUUCGGAAUCUUUCUCCGGGUUCUUCUUCUCUACUCCCAAUGUGCUAUUACCAUUGAACGGUAACUCAGCAGCCUCGUCAGUCAAAAACAACAAUAUUUCCAGAAUGAUAAUAACAUUCCUCCCGAACUCUGACCUCAUAAACUCGGCCACCAUGAACGUAAUGACCAUUCUGAUGUCUGUGAUCACGACGAGCAUCCUGAGACCCGCCAGUCCUUCCCUGUACAACAGUUCCAAUUGCUUCCAACAGUUGUAUCCCGGAAUGAGCACCGCCCGGUUUGGAGCAUUCCCUCAUCAUUCGCAACUCAGUUUCUCGUUUUCAGAAGCAUAAUUUGUGUUAUGCUCGCUUUCGAUGUCAUCUGUUUUCCUGCCAAUUGCUGGGUCAUGAUGCGGUAUCGCAGAAUAUUCCACAACUUUCAGAGCAAGUGAGUCUACGUUUGAAAUGGCUGAGAAAGAAAAGAAGAAGAUGAGUUUUGUUUGUAGAAAUGGCUACGACCUGAAGUCUCGUUACACUUACAAGAACAACAUGUACUCGGCCGUAAUGGUCUCCAUCAUUUCUCUCGUCCAAACUCUUCUCCUCACCGUCUACAUUAUCGGUGCUUUGACCGGUCUCAACCUCUACACAACCGACGACGGCUUAUUUUUCGCCUCGAACUUCCUCCUCUGGUUUUACGUAAGAAAUGUUUUGAAACUCUCCCAGUUGGUUCGUUGAUUAACUACAGACAUUCCCAUUAGCCGGACUCGCGUUGCCGUGCACUAUUCUGCUAUCUUUCACGGGGUUGAGCAUCAAGAGGAAUAACAAGAUUGCGGUGCUACAGACGACGCAGAUGAACUACAACCAAGACGCCUACUUCAGAGACCUGAACAGCGUGUGGAACAGGGCCGCGCCCAAAAAGUGCUAA